AUGGGCAACUCGCAGGGCAAAGAGUCGCAGCCGGAGAGGAGAGGCCACGCCCGCCGCUCUAGUGCACACCAGCCCGCCUCUCCGUCUGCUGCCGGUCCCGCCGCAUCAACACACAACAGACCGGGCAACAGUCCCUAUGGCAACUCGCGGAGGGACAGAGGCAGCAGACCGGACCUGUCUUUCCUAGGCAUCCGUACCGGAGACAAUGCCGAACGCGACCCCGCUCUCGAACCUCGGCGAGAGACAAAGGCGGAGCGCGAGGCCCGCAAGCUGGAGAAGGAUCGAAUACUCCGGGCCCAGGAACGUGAGAGGAGUCUGAAAGAGGAAGGCGUCGACGGAGGAUACUUGGUCACGCUUGGUGUCUAUACGGGACCAGAAGACUUCAGCAAGCCUACGGUGCGGCAAUUACAGAUUGAACGUCGACUUGCUCCCUUCUGGAGAGGCCUCGAUGACCACGAAGAUACUUGGACCGAGCAUCAACUCGUCGAAGUCGUCAACGGCCGCCCACUGCCCGCUGCAGACGACAUCCCUCCCGAAGAGCCACCUCGAACCAACACGAACAAUCACCUCAGCACAGCAUGGAAUCCCCGCAGCUCAGAGCCCAGCCUGAACCAGCUCACGGUGCCCAUGGGCGCUCGAUCCAUGUCUCAAGAACCGAGUCCUACCUUUUCCCUCCCAUCGCCCGCGUCUCCGAUCGCGAACAACUCCUCUUCCUCCCCAUUCUUCCGUGGGCGCGCCAAAACCCUCGCCUCCCUCGCGACCGGUUCCCGCAAUGCUUCGCAGUCUGACAUGGCCCCACAAGAACUACACCUUCCCAAAGACCCGUACGUGAAUGGCCAACGAAUCGAGGCUUUUCUGUACAAGAACGCCUCCGAGUGUCCCAUCUGUUUUAUGUAUUACCCACCACAUCUAAACAAGACACGUUGCUGCGAUCAGCCCAUCUGUUCCGAGUGCUUUGUUCAGAUUAAGAGACCCGAUCCCCAUCCCCCAGAGCAUCAUGGAGAACCGGGCGCUGAGGGCGCGCAGCCCGCUGAGCCAGAGGAGGAGGUCCAGCUAGUUUCGGAGCCAGCUGCUUGUCCCUACUGCACACAAGCCGAGUUUGGAGUAACCUACGAGCCACCGCCUUUUAGGAGAGGACUUGUCUACAAUGGCCAGGGUCGCAAUGGUAUGGGUAGCGCGACAUCCGCAAUGUCCUCCACCUCGUCCCUGAAUUCGCCCACUUCUGCCGGUCCCGGGCGAAGAAGAGCAACGUCGCUUGCAGUCACCGACAAGACGGUAAUCACAACCGAUAUGGUGCGGCCCGACUGGGCGAAGAAGCUGGCAGACGCGAAAUCACAUGCUUUGCGAAGGGCUGCUGCUGCCACAGCUUUACAUAAUGCCGCAUACAUGAUGGGGAACCUCCCACAAGGAGAGAGUCGGUUCGGCCUCGGAAGACGAAGGAGAAUAUUCACUAGCGAUAGUACCGGUAGUAGUGGACACGGAACGCCCCGGCGUGAAGGUGAAAGCUCAUCCGGCCAGCCAGGAGGCUCAAGCGACCUAUUCCCCAACCGCAUUAGCUCGAGGAGAGGUAAUAGGCUUGAUGAUCUCGAAGACCUCAUGAUGAUGGAAGCUAUACGUCUUAGUCUUGCAGCCGAAGAAGAGCGCAAGAAAAGAGACGAAAAGGACGCUGCUAAAGAGGCCAAGAAGGAGGGCAAGAAGAAAGCCAAGGAGAUUAAGAAAGUUGCAAAGGCCCAACGCAAUAUUGGCAGUGGCUUUCACCCGAUAGAGAUUGAUGGCAUCGACGAAACGGAAGCUGGUAGCUCUUCUGCAGCCGGUAAAGGCAAAGGAGUCGAUCGGUCUGGUGGCGCUGGUGGUGUCAAUCCCAUGUCAGAACCGACAUCGACUCUCAACACUCCUUCUACCAAAGACGACCCGCAAAAGCAUCUCGAAGCUAGUCGCGCGCAGAUUCAGCGGGAGACAUCCGACUCUAGCAACCCAGCUCCUUUCCACCCUGAUAGCGGCGAACAGCCACAACACCGAUCCGUCUUGCGCAACAUCUCCAACGCAUCCUCAUCCUCGUCUUCGUUUGCGGAAUCAUACCAAAACUCAUUACAACAACAAGAAAACCAAAACAACCUUGCACCCGGGUCUUCUUACGGACCAAGUUCAAACGCAUCAGGUGUUAGCUUAGCCCAGGGCGAGACCGAUACCCCUCCACAGGACACGAAUAGCACGGAGCCAAUGUUCAACUUCCAAAGUCUCGCAAAGGCAAUCACCCCUGAAGAUGAGAACAAGAGCGAAAACAAGCCCCAGUACAUCGAGGAUGUAGAGGAGGCGAGUCCCGAAGAGAAGCCAACUACUACUGCGAACGGCAAAGCGCCCGAAGCUUCCACAGGCGCCGAGGCGGAGAGCCAGACCUCAGACCCGUUGGCUUCGAGCACAACGACGCUCAAGCCGAACCAAGAGACACCAACAUCGAAAGUGCAUGGCGCACCACAGGAAAACAACGACGACGAGAUUAGUCCGGCGCCGCCUGUUCAAGUCGUGGCCGACGAACGCGAACACUCCUCACACUUUGACCAGAAGCAUCUUGGGGAACUAUCAGAUCUAGAGAAAUCAGACAUCCUGAUAGAGGUACGGCCAAUCUACACGGAUAUGCCUGCCAAGGAUAAAGCUAUACGAAGGUUCCGCGAUGAUGAGGAUGAGGUUGCUAGUCAGGUAUCCAGUACGAUAAGUCUAGAUAAUCUAGAGCUUCAAAGACAGUCAUAUCGAGAGAGCGCAUCUCAACCUUGGUGGAGUAGAUUGAGCUGGCGUGAACUGAGGAAGCGACGGCCAGAGGAGACCGAAGCAGAAAAAAGGGCACGGAGGAGACGACAUUGUCGUUUGUUUGGCAUUGGUGUUGUUACUCUAACAAUCUUCGGUGCCAUCGCUGGAGGUGUUUAUAUAGCCUUUGUUUCCACAUUGUUACGGCGGCUCGCUCCUUCGCCUAGGAACAACGGCCUCCAACAUAUUGUCGAGACCUGGAAAGAACCCGACUCUAACGGAGCCUUCCAAUUCGAGUGGAGGGAUGACUUCAGCCGCGAUAUCGUACCAAAGAGCUGCCACUCCCACAAUGAUUACUGGCGCUCUGUCCCCUUGUACGCCGCACUUGCAGUAGGAUGUACAAGCGUUGAAGCAGACAUUUGGUUGACAGAAGACGAAAAACUGCUCGUCAGUCAUUCCUGGGAGUCUACGACCGGCAAUCGAACGUUGGAGAGCCUCUACCUCAGUCCGUUGUUGAACAUUCUCGAGCAAAGGAACGCAACAACAGCAGAAGAGGGAGACAAGAAGACGGGAUUAUUUGACAUGGAUCCAAGUGCGACGACAGUCUUACUCAUCGACUUCAAAUCCGACGGCGAAGCGACAUGGCCGGUGUUGCUCUCCCAACUCGCUCCCCUUCGUGAGAAGAACUGGUUAACAUACUACGAUGGCGAGACUCUCCACCAAGGAGCCCUCACUAUCGUCGGCACAGGAAACACUCCCUUCAACCUCAUCCAAGCCGCUACUACAAAUCGCUACAUCUUCUUCGACGCGCCCCUCCUCUCCGUCUCAAACGCUGAGUACGACACUACGAAUUCUUACUACGCAUCCACUGCCCUCGACAGCGCAGUAGGCAAGCUCUGGUUCGCAACCUUGUCUUCAUCGCAAGUUGAGAAAGUUAGAGAGCAGGUUGGAGCAGCGGAAGUGAAGGGACUGAAGAAUUUCCUUUACAUGACAAGCAAACGAUCCUCUCAGAGGUCCUUUAGACUCUCAAAUCACGGCUUCCAGCCCAUUGACAACGGCAACAUGGAGAACCGAACCGCCGAUAUACCCCUCCAGACUGUCGUCAGUCACACACCCUCGCAGUCCUCGCCGACAUCGGGAAAUGAAAAGUCGGAAAAGGUGCACAACUGGGGGCGUAGGAAGCUGGCAGCGGUAGACUCCAGGACAGGAGCACCGCUGCCUCCCCGCGCUAGCGAAGAGAAGACGGCUCUCAACCGUAUGGGUAGGAUCUACACCAAGAUCCUCAACUAUAGCAUCAUCACGCGCUACAUGAUCUAUGUUGCGCCUGUUGCGCUACUGCUAGCCAUUCCCAUCAUCCUCUCGCAGACCGGUACUAUCACGGGCUCCAUCGGCGGCACAAACCAGAAGAAGUUCUGGAUCUGGAUCGAAAUCAUCUGGCUUAGUUUCUGGGUCAUGAAGAUUGUGGCACACUUUAUUCCCAACGUUUUCGAGUUUCUCAUUGGCGUGGUCAGUCCUGGUGUCAAGAAAUAUGCGCUGCUAUUGAGAGCGGUGGAGAAGCCUCUGUCUUUCGUUUUCUGGAUGAUUGUCAACCAGGCUACGUUCCCGGCACUUGUUAGAGCUGUUCCUGGUAGGACUGGCGAUAAUUACCCAGGAUGGAUUGGCACGAUGCAGUCCGUACUGCUUGCCUUACUCGUCUGCACCAUCAUCAUCCUCGCUGAACGCGUCUUGAUCCAGCUCAUCAGUAUCAGCUACCACCGCAAGCAAUUUGACGAUAAGAUCAAGGAAUCGAAGCGCAACAUCUACCUCCUCGGUAUCCUUUACGACACGUCGCGAGCGCUAUUUCCCGCCUACUGCAACGAGUUCGCAGAAGAAGACUACAUCAUUCAGGACACCAUUCUUGAUCUUGGUUUUGGUAGCAAGAAGGGAACGGCCAAGCAUGGCCGAUCUGGCAGCCGCACACCUAUGCGUCUCAUCCAAGAAGUUGGCCGAGAUGCUGGUCGUAUUGGUGAUAAGAUCACAUCAGUUUUCGGUACUAUCGCUUCCGAGAUCACUGGCAAGAAAGUCUUCGACCCCAACUCUGCUCACUCCGUCGUCUUGACUGCUUUGGAGAGGAACAAGAGUGCUGAAGCUUUGGCUAGGCGUAUUUGGAUGUCCAUGGUCGUCGAAGGCAAGAACGAGCUUUACCUGGAAGAUCUAGUCGAAGUUAUGGGUCCGGGCCGCCAGGAAGAAGCCGAGGAAUGCUUCGCUGCAAUCGACCGAGACGGAAACGGGGAUAUCAGUUUGGAAGAGAUGAUCUUGACUGUGACUGAUUACGCCAGACAGCGAAAGUCGAUCAACUCCAGCAUGCACGAUGUUGACCAGGCCAUCAACGCUCUCGACGGCCUCAUCAUGACUAUUGCUGUCAUCGUCUGCAUCUUCGUCUUCGUCGCCUUCCUCGCUCCCGCUUUCCGCACGACCCUCGCUACAUCCGCGACUGCUCUCCUGUCACUGUCCUUCGUAUUCGCGACGACCGCUCAGGAAGUUCUCGGUUCCUGCAUCUUUCUCUUCGUCAAGCACCCGUACGAUAUUGGUGAUCGUGUCGACAUCACCACUGAACAGCUCACUGUGGAACACAUCGCUCUGCUCUACACUGUCUUCAAGCGCGUCCAAAACGGAAAGACGGUCCAGAUUCCCAACAUUGUCUUGAACUCUCUGUGGGUAGAGAACAUUACACGAAGCAAGGCCAUGCGAGAACAAGUCUCGGUAUUCUGCGACUUUGGCACCUCUUUCGAAGACAUCAACUUGCUCAAGCUGGAGAUGAUGAGCUUCGUUCGCGAUCCUCUCAAUGCCCGCGAAUUCCAUCCUGAUAUCGAUAUCGAGGUUGUUAGUAUUGCUGAGAUGAACAAGCUGGAGCUUCGUGUUGAGAUCAGGCAUAAGAGCAACUGGUCAAACGAGUCACUUCGCGCAUCCCGAAGGUCCAAGUUCAUGUGCGCACUCGUCGUCGCUUUGCGCAAGGUCCCGAUCAAUGGUCCUGCUGGAGGAGAUGCUGCUUUGGGCUCGCAAGAUAAGCCCACAUGGUCUGUCGCAGUACCGCCUGCCGAGGCUAUCGCCGCAUACGAGAAGUACAAGGCCAACGCUGACGCUGGCCGUCUGCACCCAAACAACCCCACCGAGGAGGACACCGGCAAGUCUACUGGUACGGACUACUUGGGCGUCGAAGGCAACGCAAUCAGCUCCCUCAACAACAGGAGACCUGGCCUGGACACGAUUCGUGACGACACCUGGGAAGCUCGCGGCGACGAUGCUAGUACCAUAGGCCGUCCUAGCAUGUCGGACCAAAGGCCCGACCUCGACGAAGUCCGCGGUCUGCUGCGCAAAGCCAGUUCGGCCGGAAAGAGGAAGGGUGGCACCACACUAUCGCCGUUUGGCUCCCGCGUCUCCGUCGAUACACCCCGUCAGAACCCCCCACCACCUCUACCACUUCACGUAGUACCAUCCGGUAGCCAAAGCCAGUACGCACAACCACCAGGAGGUUCUCUACCACCUCCACCUCGCAGCACUGCACCUGGAUCGCCAAGCUCUAUCUCCACAGGGCAGGUAGAGGAUUACUCGUACCAGACUAUGGUUCCACCGCCUCGCUCACGCAGCCGGCCGCGCGCUCCACAAGUAGAAGAGGAUGAGGGCGAGAGACAGUGGCAACCCAGCGCUAAUGCGCCGACUCGUUCCGUGUCGAACAAUAACCCAUAUAGAAGCCCUGGGUCGCCGCAGCAGGGCUUCCAGUCUUUCAAGCGGGAGUAA